CGGUACUGGCGUGCGGAAUAUUUGAGCGUCACAAAAGCAGCGGCGGCGAACCCAUUAACCGAGGCUUUGCGAUGAAGUGCAUCUUUCCCCCUUCCCGUAAAUAUGCUCUCCCCUCCAUUCUUGACUUCAGCUUAAAGCUCGGACUCUCUCAGAGGAAAAGGACUUCGCCACAAGAUGGCACUGACCUGCAGACAAAAGAAAUAGCGGUGGCAUUGACUUUUAAAACAGGCUUGUAAAUGCGCCUUGCUUGAGUCAAGGACUAGUGGGGUGAGAGCUCCGUGCGUACGGGUCUGAAACAUAGCUUAGGUUUAACUGCUUUUCUUUCCAGAAUUCCUAGGCAACGCACCUCCGAGUUGUGCAUCCGAGGUGUUGGGAGGAGGCUGUGGGGGAAACCUUGGGUGAUCCUCGUGGGGUGCCAUCACAUGAUCCUGGAUGAGGUGGAGUUCGGCUUUAAGGGGGCGUCUCUUCCUAUCUUCCUCAAUCUUUAGGGUUUGAGCAGGAGAAAUACCAACAGAUCUUUUCUCCCUCCAGUGACACUCGUCCCGCUUCAACAGAGGUGAACAGACGCAUUCUUUAAAAGUGAGAUGCAAACUCUUUCUGUAGAAAAGUACUGCUACUUUCCUGACCUUUAUUCUUUCUCGGAGAUUUACUAAGAAUCCACAUACAAGCACACACUCAGUGGAGCUCAGUGAUCGGGCACCAAGAGAAGCCACAGACCACCUAUUAAAACACGAGAAGUUAGGCCUACAGUCCGAAGCAUGGUCUGCAUCAAACAUCACAUGGUUCUUCAAAAGCCGUAUCUCAGAAGGCCAAGUUUCUUGAUGCUCCAUUGUAUAGGUUACCUCCUUGUGAAGAUUUUUGUCAAAUAGCAUCUGUCUUUCAAGGCAGCCCAGUGUACGAGUAUUCAGUUCAAGGGAAUGAAGAACUGAGAAUUAUCUUGGUGAAUGGAUUCAAAUAUAUGGAAUAAGAGUAUGCUGAAGAUUUGAUCCGUUUUGAAGAACUAUAACUGUCCAUUUAUCUAAUCGGUAACAACAAAACAUAAAAAAAUGAACUCAACUCUGUUCUCCAAGGUUGAAAAUCACUCAAUUCACUAUAAUGCCUCAGAGAAUUCUCCACUUCUGGCUUUUGAAAAUGAUGACUGCCACCUGCCCUUGGCUGUGAUAUUCACCUUGGCUCUCGCUUAUGGGGCGGUGAUUAUUCUUGGCGUCUCUGGAAACCUGGCAUUGAUCAUAAUCAUUCUGAAACAGAAGGAGAUGAGAAAUGUCACCAACAUUCUGAUCGUGAACCUCUCCUUCUCAGACUUGCUCGUUGCGGUCAUGUGUCUCCCGUUCACUUUUGUAUAUACACUGAUGGACCACUGGGUCUUCGGGGAGACCAUGUGCAAACUGAAUCCCUUUGUACAGUGUGUCUCCAUCACAGUAUCCAUUUUCUCGCUGGUUCUCAUCGCUGUGGAACGGCAUCAGCUAAUCAUCAACCCAAGAGGGUGGAGACCAAACAAUAGACAUGCUUACAUAGGCAUUACUGUCAUUUGGGUCCUUGCAGUGGCUUCUUCUCUGCCCUUUGUGAUCUAUCAAAUUCUGACCGACGAGCCCUUCCAAAAUGUGUCACUUGCGGCGUUCAAGGACAAGUAUGUGUGCUUUGACAAAUUCCCAUCUGACUCUCACAGGCUGUCUUACACGACUCUCCUCCUGGUGCUGCAGUAUUUCGGCCCACUCUGCUUUAUAUUCAUAUGCUACUUCAAGAUAUACAUUCGCUUGAAAAGGAGAAACAACAUGAUGGACAAGAUCCGGGACAGUAAGUACAGGUCCAGUGAGACCAAGCGAAUCAACAUCAUGCUGCUCUCCAUUGUGGUCGCCUUCGCCGUCUGCUGGCUGCCCCUUACCAUCUUCAACACUGUGUUCGACUGGAACCACCAGAUCAUUGCCACCUGCAACCACAAUCUGCUGUUUCUGCUCUGUCACCUCACCGCCAUGAUCUCCACCUGCGUCAACCCCAUCUUUUAUGGAUUCCUGAACAAAAAUUUCCAGAGAGACUUGCAGUUCUUCUUCAACUUUUGUGACUUCCGGUCUCGAGACGAUGACUACGAGACCAUAGCCAUGUCUACCAUGCAUACGGAUGUGUCCAAGACGUCUCUGAAGCAGGCUAGCCCAGUCGCAUUUAAAAAAAUCAGUAUGAAUGACAAUGAAAAAGUCUGAAGCUGCUCAGAGCAUAUGGUCCCAGGCCAUAUCUGUGGAAAAACAAGCACAGCCUGCCGCAUGCUUUCUUUACCUAUGCUCUGGGGGAACGGAAUGAGGCGCGCUUGGAAAGCCCAGGACAUCUGUGUUGGGUUUGACUGCUUUUGAUGGUUGCCCUGAUUACUUAGAAAUCUAGAUUACUUUGUAAUCUAUCUCUGGCAACAGUUUUGACUAGAUGUCCUGUGUGUGUGUGUGUGUGUGUGUGUGUGUGUGUGUGUGUGUGUGUGUGUGUAUGUGUGUGCGCGCGCGCGCGCGCGCACGUGCAAAAGAGAAAGAGAGAGAGAGAAGGAGAGAGACAGACAGACUGCCUGUCUGUCUGUCUGUCUGUCUUUCUUUAUGUAUGUGUUUGAAUUAUGCAUAUGACAAAGAGUUUUACAUUGUGUUUGUUGGAGUGAAUUUCUCUGAAGUAAUGUCAUGAGCUCAUUUCAAAAGCAGUCACCACCUGAUAUUCUCAAGAUACUGAAUUUUCAAGAUCAGAUGAGAUUUCCAAGACCCCGGACUACCUUCGUUCCCUGCUAGGCAUCAUCUUAGUCUGUCACAAGGGUGACAGUAUACAAAAGUCACCUUUUAAAAUGUGCCUGAGUCAAAAGAGUGUCUGAAGUCAUUUGGCAGCAUCUUUUCCUUUUCCUCUCUAUUUCUGUAAGGACUCAAUUUCUUAUACUCCUAAUUGAGUCUUGCCUAAGAUAAAGAUAAGUAAAGAACACCUUUUCAGCUGUGGAUAUCACCAGGAGUUAGGCCACCCACAAGAAUGAAGUGGCAGCUGGGCGUGGUGGCACACACCUUUAAUCCCAGCACUUGGGAGGCAGAGGCAGGUGGAUUUCUGAGUUUGAGGCCAGCCUGGUCUACAAAGUGAGUUCCAGAACAGCCAGGGCUAUACAGAGAAACCCUGUCUCGAAAGACCCCCCCCCCCAAAAAAAAAGAAUGAAGUGGCAAAACAGGUCCCUGAUUUUAAAAUUUUUCUGACAACCAAAGCAUUUUAGGGUAAUUAGUUUAAAAUGUAAACUAGUCUUGCUGCAGAUAGGUAAAUUGCAUCCAAAGGACUUGAUAAUCGAAAGGUUUUGCAUUGUUCAUCAGAGUGCUGAGCUCUAUCAAGCUUUCUGGCACAAGCAUGCGACUCAGAGCAUUUCUAACUCAUACUGCACAGACGCGUAAGAUGCGUUUUCUACACAGCCGUGCCUGCAUAGUAACUAGUGUUUAACUCUCACCAUUUAUCCUUCACUGCAGAGGACACAGGGACAAUGUCAAUGUAUCUACCCUUCAGCUAACAGAUGUCUGUACCUAAAACUUUCACGCAGCCUAACUUGUAUAAACUGUAUACAAGUUCAAGUUCAUCCUAACUUGUAUAAACUGUAUAAUGUGUGGAGUUUUAUAAUCAUAUACUAUUAUAUCAUAGAGUACUGAGUAGCCCUGCCAUAUUGAUAUAUUUACUUUCAUGUAUCUUGUAAUCAUGAUUUAGACUCAGAAAAGAUACUUUGAAGAACAAGACAGUUUCAAUGUAUUGUACAAAAUGUUGCCUGUGUGUGAUUUUAGAAGGGCAGACACUUCUGAAUUAAAACUGAGCUUUUUCAGAGGA